UUAUCACGAAGGGUAUUUAAAGAAGCUGCAUAAAAACGUUCACUGUAAAUCCAACCGAGAAGUUUCAUGAAACACAUCUACCCAGGUUGACACAAUGAAGACUUGGCUGCUAAUUCUUGGAGCUGCUAUCACACUUUUUAACCUUGCUGUCCCCAUUACAGCCAAAAGAAAGGUGGUUUGUUACCACGGGAGCUGGUCAGUAUAUCGACCAGGAGAUGGCAAGUUUGAGAUUGAAUAUAUCGACCCUAACCUCUGCACUCAUGUCAUCUACACCUUUGUAGGCAUUGAAUAUAACGGAGGCAUCCGGAUUCUGGAUAGUUGGAAUGAAAUAGAUAAGGGUGGCUUUAGACGUUUUAAUGAUCUGAAGAAAAGGAAUCCUUCACUGAAGACUUCAGUUGCAAUUGGUGGCUGGAAUGAAGGAUCCUCCACUUACUCAUCAGUGGUGAACGAUGCUACUCGAAGGGCUGCGUUCGUAAAAAAUAUUGUUGACUUUGUUAAACAAUAUGAAUUUGAUGGAUUUGACUUGGAUUGGGAAUAUCCUGCUCAACGAGGAGGGGCAGCAACUGACAAGGCUGCCUUUAUACUUCUACUUAAGGAACUUCGUGUAAAAUUUGAUGAACAUGGAUUACUACUGUCUGCAGCUGUAGCGUCCGCAGAGUCCAGUGCAAGUUUAUCGUACAACAUUCUUGAAGUGGGAAAGUACCUGGAUUUUAUUAAUGUUAUGACCUAUGAUCUGCAUGGAUCGUGGGAUCCUGUAACUGGGCACAGUGCCCCAUUGUAUGGUGGUCCCAAUGAUGGUCUCACUGUGGAUGCUGCCAUACAAUACUGGAUCACGCAAGGGGCUCCACGUGAGAAGAUUAUACUGGGCAUUGGCACGUAUGGACGUUCUUUUACCUUAAGUAGUGCGUCCCAGUGCAGCAUUGGGGCCCCAACAAUUGGAGCAGGAAGUGCUGGACCAUACACAAGAGAGGCAGGUGCUCUUGGAUAUAAUGAGAUCUGUGAAAGAGUAAGCACAUGGAAUGUGAAAUGGGAUGAUCAACAGAAGGUGCCAUAUGCCUGUAAUGGAAACCAGUGGGUUGGAUAUGAUGAUAUCAGAUCUACAACACAUAAGGCGGAGUAUGUUGUACAACAUGAUCUAGGAGGAGCCAUGAUAUGGAGUGUGGAAACAGAUGACUUCUUAGGAAAGUGUCAUGGUGUCAAGUACCCUCUGCUCAAAGCAAUAAAUGAUGUACUAUUUGGUGAUGUUCCUCCUUCAAAGAACCAAUCAACAUCAGAGUCACAACCAGCAACUACAACUGCUAAAGCUACAACUACAACUAGUAAAGCCACUACAUCAAAAUCAACAACAACUACAACUACUGCUGCUAUUACUACCACAGCAGCAGCACCUCCUGCAGGCCAAGACAGUACCAGCCCAACUCAACCUCCAGAUGCCCCAACAGAUAGCGGUUCCUCUGAUCCACCAAAACUCUGCACUGAAGAAGGUUAUGUUCGAGAUCCAAACGACAAGCGGAUUUUCUAUCAGUGCCAUAAAUUCUCUGGAGACUUUACUGCUUUUCGCUUUGAGUGUGCUCUUGGUCUCGUAUUUGAUAUUUCAAUAAAUGUGUGUAACUGGGCAUCUGCUGUCAAAGACUAACAAGUACGAGAGGCAUAUUAUUUUACAUAGCAAAAUCUGUAUAAAGUGAAAUUCAAGGGAACUAAUUUUUAAAAUCUGUAUGUAAUAUCUUUGAAUAAAGGUUACAAACUAUGUAACUGUACUGCAUCCUAU